GGGUAACAGGAUUCGUUUCGAGCAGAGUGUCAGUGGCUAGUGAGCCAGUCGGAACCUCGGCAUCGAGAGAAGAUCACGCGAAGACCGUCCGUACGGAGCUUACGACCCCGUCAUCGCCCAUGCCGGCAUUCAUCUCGCGACACCGCGACUCCGUUGAUCAACGCCGACGACAGCCUUUAAGUUCUUGGGGUAUCGAUUUUUGAACCUUAAUCUCCUCUCUCCCCGGCGAGAGAACCGCGAUCUGGGGCAAAGCACCCCACCUCAGGUGAACACCGCACUCCUGUCUCUCCCUGGCCACGCGCCGCGAUCACCGAACAUUUCACCUGGUCCGGGCCGACCGUCAGGGUUUACUACCGAGGCACCGGGACGCCGUGGGUUCAGUCGGAAUCGUGCGCCGAAGAACAGUGGAGCGAUUCCUCCCGACACCCUCGACGAGCUCGACGAUCGUGCGCCCAGCGCAAAUUGCAUCGGCCCACCGCGACCCGACAAGGUGACGCUUUCGUCCCCGAAGCUUAACGCUAAUUUUUUUAUCAUCGAACGCGUUCCGAGCUCGAAAUCGGAUCAGGAGUCGGAGGUGCGCCGACCACGAUCCAUCGAUCAUAUCUUACGCUUCGCUGGGUAUAUUUCUGCGAAUACUCGGUUCAAGUUGUGACGCACCGGAGGCUGAUACCAUCGGAAGUGAGGGUGAGGGAGCGACAUGAGGUUGUCGAUGCUGCUACCCCUUUUGGGGCUGCUCGCGCUUGGAUACGCUGAAAAAUGCCCCAGGCAAAGAACAUCGCCGGGAAAGGAAAUCCUGUGUUACACGUCCAGCAACGACCCCGAAGAAUUGGCAGACGUCAUUUGCAAAUGUACAACGCUCGUUCACCAGGGACAUGAACUCCACAAUCUCACAACCGCUGGGAUCGAGGAGCUCCAGAAGGUCCUCAAGGAGUCGAAUCCUGUUCUCCAGUUCGUCAUAUCCGUGACGGACCCGCAACGCUCUCUCAGGACGUCCGCAACGACGCGCCAGGCGGCGUCGGGACGCCUCGCCAAUAUUCUGUCACAGGUGGACGGAGUCGAACUCGACAUGACUGCCGGGUCCAAGGAACGUCUGACCCACUUCGUCAAGGGACUUAAGGACGAGAUGACCAGGAAAUCCAACGAGAAGAGGAUAUUGUUGGCGCUUCCAACGAAACCGGAGGAGCUUGCGAAGCAGUACGAUAUUAAGGCCUUGGCAAAAUACGUUGAUCUCUUCACUAUGUCGACCAACUACCUCUUCGACGAAACUGAAUCGUCCAACACCUUCCACCCUUCUCGACUCAUGGGUAUCUUCGAUAUGCUCAACACCGAUAGCUUGGUCGAUCUGGUUAGCGGUUUGGGAGUGCCGAAAAAGAAGUUGCUCAUUUCUGUACCAGCUAGCGCCUACAAAUUCACCCUGAAAACGAAGGACAAGACAAUUCCAGGAUCACCGACUGAAGAAAAAGAGCCAACGGUCAUCAGCCAGAAAGAGCUCUGCGAUUUGAUGAGCACGGGUGAAUGGACCGUCGAAAGGGACACGGACCUGACCGCCCCUUACGCUUUCAAGGAUUCCACGUGGAUCGCCUUCGAGGACAAGACCUCGGUCGGAAUAAAGGGCAAGUACGUCUUGCUACGGGAACUUGCUGGUCUGGGAAUUCACGACGUCGAGAAUGAUCAGAAGAACAACUGUGGUAAGCCGAUUACCUACGAGGUUUACCAUUCCUUUACGGACAUGAAAAGGAAGACACGUGGCGCAGUCUUGGCUUCGCUGGAGAAUGACAUCCAUCAUAUGGAAAUCCCCACAUCGAGGCACGUCAAGUCCUCCGGAUACAGGAUCGUCAGAGUAGUCGAUACGGCUGGUGCAAUCCAUGCGAUCCGUGAGAACACGCAAACCGAGUUCAUAUGUACCAGACAAGGAUAUUUUGUGCAUCCGAAGAGUUGUAACAGAUUCUACCGUUGCGUCAAGUUCGAUCAGGGAGUCGACGACUUCUCCGUUUUCGAAUUUGACUGCCCAGCUGGUUUGGCAUUCGACGAACGUACCGAGGUCUGCGUCUGGCCUGGAUCUCUAACUGAAGGAUCACCCUGUCCAGGAAGUAGUGAGAUUGCCCCAGUUCCUCGCGCUAGGUUCCAGUGUCCUGAACGUGACGGUUACUAUGCUGACCCUCAGAACUGCAGAUGGUUCUUCGCCUGCUUUGACUUAGGUGAACCAGAACCGAUGGCAUACGAAUUCCGCUGUCCCUUCGGCCUGGUGUUCGACGAACAGAAACUGAUCUGCGAAUGGCCAUGGCUUGUACCUGGCUGUGGGUCAUCAGGAUACUCGAGGACAGAGUACGGGGGAGGAGAAUAUGGUAUUAGGCAGCAAGGACACGGAGCAGGAUACGGACAGGGUUCGGGUAACGGAGAUGCGGGCUAUGGAGAUUAUUCUGGUACUGGCAUAGGCGGAGCUGGACAGUAUGGAUCAGAGUUUGACGGUUCCCUAUACAAAGGAUCUAAACCCAGUGAAUCGAGGUAUUCCGAAACUGGAUCUGGCCAAUACGAUGGGGCAAAUAGAGGGCUUAAAUAUCCCGGGGAUGGAGGAUAUAGGGGGCAGGGUUAUUCAGGACAAGGAGCUGAUGGAUCAGGAUACUCUGGUGCGGAGGGUGCUGGAGGUGAAGGAGGCAUAGGAGGUGUGGGAGGCGUGGGAGGCGUAGGAGGCGUAGGAGGCCCUGGAGGCAGAGGAGGCAUAGGAGGUAAAGGAGGUGUUGGAGGCGUAGGAGGUGCAGGAGGAGCCGGAAAUGACGGAGGUUCAGGCGCAGGAUCAAAAUAUUUUGGUGCGGGAGGAGCUGGAUAUGGAUAUUCUGGAGCAGGAAAUGCCGGAGGAGCUGGAUCUAGAUACUCUGGAGCAGGAGGCGUGGGAUCUCAGUAUUCUGGUGCAGGAGGAGCGGGAUCUGGAUAUUCUACAGCAGGAAGUACCGGGGGAGCUGGAUCAAGAUACUCCGGAGGAGCAGGCCUUCGAUCUCAAUAUGCUGGCGCAGCAGGAUCUGGAUCUAAAUAUUCUGGAGCAGGAGGCAGUGAAUCCCAGUAUUCAGGCGCAGGAGGAGCAUCUCAAUAUUUUGGAGUAGGAGGUGAAGGAUCUGGAAUAUAUGGAGCAGGAGGUGCUGGAUCGAAGUAUUCAAAUUCAGGAGCAAGCUCUGGCUAUUCUGGUACUGGAGGCACGGGACUCGGACAUUCUGGUGCGGAAGGAGUGGGAUCUGGACAUUCUGGAGAAGAUGGUGCUGGAUCUAAAUACUCUGGAGUGGGAAGUACUGGCACUGGAUAUUCAGGAGUUGCAGGUUCUGAACACUCUGAUGCAGGAUCUAAAUAUUCUGGUGCCGGAGAUAUAGGGUCUAAAUAUACUGGCAUUGGAGCAGGUGGAUAUUCUGUUUCUGGAGGUAAAUACUCUGGUGCAGGAGGAGCAGGAUCUAGCUACUCUGGAGUAGGAGAUAUCGGUUCUAAAUAUUCAGGCGCGGGAAGUGCAGGAUCUGUAUAUUCCGGUACAGGAGAAGCAGGAUCUGGGCAUGCUGUAGCAGGAGGUGUUGAAUUUGGAUCUAAAUAUUCUGGUGCAGGAUAUGGACAUUCCGAAACUGAAGAUGCAGGAUCUGAAUACACUGGUACCGGAGGUGAAGGAUCUCAAUAUUCUGGAGUGGGUAGUACAGGAUCUAGAUACUCUGGCACUGGAAACGUAGGCUCAGAAUACUCCGGUGCAGGAGGUAUAGGAUCUCAAUAUUCUGGAGCAGGUAGUACAGGAUCUGCAUACUCUGGCGUAGGAAGUACAGGAUCCAAGUAUUCUGGUUCAGGCAGUGCAGGAUCUAUACAUUCGGGAUCAGAUGGAAGCGCGUAUUCCGGAUCCGUAGGUGAUGGAUCAAAAUACGCGGGUGCAAACAGUGGAUCCUCGACAUUUGGAACUGACGUAUCCGGCCAAGGGAGGUACAAAGGAAGCACAUACACCGGGUACACGGGAUCAGGUUCAACCAGCUCAUCAGAUUCUGGAAUCACAUCUGGCUCUGGAUAUAGCGGAGCUGACAGCAGCGGAUCAGGAUACUCGGGAGCUGGUGGAUUUGGUACGAAAUACUCUGGAUCAACCGGAAGUGGAUCUGACCACGGCGUGUACCCUGGUGAAGGCGUUUCAACCGUGACAUAUGGGGGAUCCAGAAAACCUGGAGUCGUAAUACAGCCGGUGCCUAUUGGGCAGAGACCCGGCUCUUCAAUUUACCAAACCGGAACAACGGGAAGCGGAUACGUUUCGACCGUCGGACAGACCGCGAGCAUUGCUGGAAAUAGCGGUUACAACGGGUUCAGUUCUUCUACCAAAUAUGGAGGGUCUGGCAAAGACGGACUCUCCGUUUCUGUUCAGACGGGAGGAUCCGGUUAUGGUAGUUCUUCGGGAGCAGCUGGAGAUUACUCUGGAGACCAUGGAAGCAGCAGCGGUUCCGAUGAACAGGACGUAGUCAACGGCGGAAUAAGUUCAGGUUCGGUGUUCUUGACCAAGACUAGUGGAAGUGGAGCCAGUGAAUAUGCUGGGCAACAAAACGUGGGGUACACCUCGUCGGGACAGAGUGACUUCGACGCACAAGAUGUGGUGAACGGAGGACAUAAUUCAGGUUCUAUUGUAGUGAGUGGGGCAACCGGAAGCGGAGCUGGCGGCUACACCGGUCAAGGAAUCAACUCCGGUUCAGUUGUUGUCACCGGAAGCACAGGAAGCGGGUACACCAGCAGACCCAUAACCGGAAACGUGUUCACCAGUGUCUCGAGCUCUGGAAAUGGCUACUCCACCCCUCUGACAACUCUCAAUCCAGCCUACAGUGUCUUCGGUACGAGAAAGCCGGUAACACCAGCGCAAGAAAUUUUCUUGCAAACUGUGACCCCUGGAUACUCGGUCACAGGUUCCGGCAUUAAGACAAGCGUAACGUACGGUUCAUCUUCUGGAUCGGAGGGUGCAGGUGGCAUCGUAACAGGAUCAGGUUAUACUGGCGGAGUAACCGGAAGCGGCAAUUUCCUCGUCAACGAAGCGAACACUGAAUACCAUGGCGUGGGUUACGAAGGUGACCACGUUACCGGUAUCAGUGGAGGUACGUCAAGCAACCAUGGAAGUAGCGGAUACGUGGAUGCUGGCUCGUCCAGUACGGUCAGCGAGGUUGGCAAGGGAGGAAUUUUCACUGGAACAACGACGUACCAUGGCAAGGGAGGAAGCUCGAGCAGCCAUUUGUCCACCAAGACUUCCAACACCAAUGGAAAUGGUAUUCGAGGUGGUUUCGUCACGAGUGACGUGCAUGCAGGAACAAUUCUAUCUCACGACGGCUCUUCGGGCACUGUCAUUUCCGGCAACGAAGAUGAGGGUUCGGCUUACGUAGGAUCCAGCACGCCUGGAUACGUCGAGACCAAUUCUGUGACUCCAGGAUAUGUCAUCAAUGGAGUAACGAAGACCGUUUAUGGUCAGAGCACGCCUGGAACAUUCAUCACGGGAACAGCCGCACCUGGAGUUGUUUAUCAAAGUAAUGCCGGUCCUAAUUCUUACGUUGAUGGGCAGAUCUAUAAGGGAGCUGGCGUCCGCGGCUCUACAGUGAAUGUUGCUGGUGUCAGAGGAUCGACCACGUACUAUGGCAACACUAAUGCCUCUCCAGGCAACAAGGGUGGAGCCUUCAGCGUUAACCGGGGCGUAAGUUCCAGUCAAGAUAGUGGUUACAAGACGAACGAAUACCAUGAUAACGGAGGACGCGGAAGCGUGACAUACAACAACGGCUACACGACUACAAAGUUCACCGAAAAAGAGCUCCAAGAUCGUUAUCCUACUUACGCUUCUUUGCCAGACACUAUCGUCUCAGGCGGAAGAAUAGAGGGAAGUAGAGGCGUAGUCCUGGGAAAUACUAUAGCCGGAUAUGACGGGCACACAAGCCAGCAAUUCACGAAGACUGGACCGACCAAGACUGGUAUCACGACCGCUCAAAUUGGCGGCACUGGAUCAUACGUUACCAACACAGGAUACCGUCGACCUACGCCAUCACCAACCCACCAGAACAUAGGCAGCCAAGCCUUCGCAACGGGUCAGGGAUCGAGCAAGGGGUACUCCACCGGUGGUGGUUCGAUCGGAAGUGACGUUAACGGUCUCGCAUACGUCACGUCGACCGUCGCACCGGACGUGAGUCACAUCGACACAUCCAAAAUCAAUCUUGGCCCUGCAUCAACGGGUGGAUCAUCUGGCUACCGCUACACGAAGCCAUCGGUACAGUUUGUCACUGGAAGCGUAACAUCCUCGACUCCAACUCCGUUCUCCGUAACCUACCAGGAGCCCGUUGCUCCUCUUACCGUCACGACACCAGCGUCUCCACACUUGAACGUCGAAGUGUACAACACUCCGUCCGUCGUCACGUCGGCACCAAUCACGGCCGCCCCAGCCGUCGUCAACACUUACAGCUACAGACGGCCUUCCAGUGGAUACAAGCAACCUUCGUAUCAGACCACAGGUUCCUCAACUGGAAACUCCGCCUCCGGUGGCUACAAAUACAGACGACCAACUCAAACUCCUGUUUAUCAGGGUUCUGGCAAAGGUGACCAGCAGCUAUUCACUGUAAGCUCGACCCCAGCCCCGAUCGCUUUCGCUACGAGACCAGCGGACGUCUACAAAACGACUCUCUUCGAGGCAGCCAAGCUACCCGCUGCAGUUUCCAGUCUCGCACCAGUCUUCGACAACGGAUAUAAGACCGUCGUUUCGUCGACAGUUGCUCCGGUCGCUGUCACGACCGGUCAGUACUUCUACAAGGACAGCAGAUUUGAAACAAGUUCAGCUGUAAGCGGUCUGACGUCCGACAAAUUUGACAUCGACAACCAGCAGCCUGGUACAGUGUUUCAGAAAAUACCUUUCGGCUCGACACCCACUCCCAACACCGAGGACGGCUACACUUACGAAAAACCAACGAAUCAGCUCAGCUACAAUUCUCCAAGCGACGUCACUCCUUCAGUGACCAUUCAUCAGCAACCAAAAUACAACAUCGGAGGUCAACAGGUUAAAUACGCUACGGUCAGCACACCUGCUCCAGACUUUGAUGGCUCGUACCAAAGACCGUCUAUCCCUGCCCGUCCAGCUGCGAAGCAACCGACUUACCAGAAAGAAUUCGGCUCCGUGUCCACGUCCUUCUCCUCUGCAGGAGCGCAAGGUUACCAAUACUCGAAGCCAGCGGUGAAAUUCGUCUCUUCGACCGCAAGUCCCGACUAUACAGGUAGCCGUGGUGGCUCUCCGACUAAUUUAGAUAUCCCACAAGACGAGGUCAAGAAACUGAUCGGCAACUAUGAACGCGGUAGCGUCAAGUACACUUCGAAUUCAUACGGUGACGAGAGCAUUGGAACUGUCGAUAACUCAGGAGCUUUCGGCUACAAGGACUUCGGCAAGAGGCCGAGCGUCACCCCGACAGUCUUCGUAUCCUCAACGGCGUCGCCCUCCUACGAACCAACGACUCCGGACUCUAAUAUUCGCUCAAAUGCCUACGGCAGGUACUCUUCGAGCAGAGUGAGCGGUUCAUCCGGUUACAGAGGUGCAGGCUACUACUCUUCGCAAGCUCCAUCGUACGAAAUCUCAACGGUUCAGACACCGACGAAAGAAGGAAAGGGCAAAGUGAUCGUGAAAUUGAGUGACCUGCACCCUCUUCUGCUGGGAAAACUCGGCGCUCAAUGUACCUGCAGGUCAGAUCCGUUCGAGACGCUUCGUGGUCCAGGCGCCAAAUCCAUCCUGAUAAAAUCCAACAAGGGAAAGAUUGACCUGUCGAAGUACGACGAAUCCGACGUUUACGUAGACCUUGAAGCCGAUCGCGAACCCGGCCAAUCCGUCGGUUAUUACAGAUCCCCGACUCCAGGACCUUCCGCAUCGUCCUUAAGGACUCCAGCGACCGCCAUCUUCGGCGUAACAACUCCGGCGCCUCCGCAGGUCUUCAGGUCUCGCGGCAAGCCGUCUACCGCCUACCUUCCGGCUGUUUCGACCCCCUCAACGAUUGGUGGUUCUUCCGGUCCGGUAAUAGUUGUUCCUGAUGACGGGGGCCUCGGAAGCCCGUCGGACAUCGCUGAUACCCAAUUCGUGGCCGCUCCAGAAGGCUUCGUUAAGGAUGGUGCUCCCGUGGGUCGCACUGCAGGAGUUAGAAGGAAGAGUGGAAGGACUUCCGGAAACGCCGGAGCGAUCGGAAAUGCUAUCGGCGGCGCAGGCGCCGCGUUCGAUCGGUACGGACCAGGCGGAUGGCGAAACGACGACGAGACUCUUCAGGGCGGCUCGGACUGCGCCAGAGCCGGACUUUUCCGCCAUCCGAAGUACUGCAACAAGUUCUACGCCUGCCACUACGACGAGUGGAAGCAGAAAUUCACACUCCACGUCUUCAACUGCCCGGUUCACCUCAGCUUCGACAGCACCGCCGGUGCUUGCAACUGGCCCACCACGGGACCUGCUUGCCAGGACGACAAUCUUCUCGUUUAAGAAAUCCCCCAUUACGGUGAUUACAAGAGCCGCUUUUGCGCGGUUCGUUAUACCCCAAGAUCCAAGGUUCAGCUUAGAAUUCGAUUUACGUAGUGAAAGGUUUCGCGGCUUGAAGAUUUUUCGCAAAAUUAUUCAUCGCAGUAUCGAGAUCAAAGUCAUGCUUGGUACCGUUUUACAGCUUGUAACUUUCAUUGUGUUAACGAGAAAACGAACGUUGUGAAUUACUGUCUCUCUUUUUAUACACUUCUUCGGAGACCCGUUCUCUACAACCGCAGCACUAAAUAUUCCGCGACGAUUCAAACCAGACACGGUGACAGCGAGCGAACACGUCCAACGUUCCGUGGGUGAAAGUAGCUCGCAAUUAUCGGCUGGAACGCCGCGUAGCUAUAACAGCGAAAAAGUUGAACCUUGUAUUUAACGUGUAUACUGAAUAACAUUUAUAUAUAAUAUAUAAAUAUAUAGGCGUAUCGUAUAGGUAUACAUAUAAUAUACACGAAGAAAUCUGUAUGCUUAUAUAGAGCAGUGUAAAUAUUUUACGUUUCUACGUUAAUUUCUUCUGAAUUUGUAUAUAUUGGGACAAGCGUAUUUUUUGGACAAAAAGAAAAAAGAGACACAAGAGAGAUAUGGAAAAGUAAUAAGACUUGUCCCGCGAUUGUCGAGUGAUGUACGGCGCUACAGUGAUCUGGUGCAAAAUUUGUAUAUAUAUAUAGAAGAAGAAAAAACUUGUUUGAGUUGCAUCGAAGGUUCAGUAAUAUUUCUGUUUCUUCUGUUCGGAGAUUCAUGAAACAUCGUUAAAAUACUCAUAAUUGAAAGAGUGAUAAUUGUUUGUUUGUUUUUUAAUCUAUCGCUUUGAUAUUCUCAUUUUCUCGCAUAAUUUUCCGCCUUCUGGAUGGUCAUUUGCUGAUAUGUAUCGAUUGUCCAAAAUUGGAUUAAUUGCUCGUCUGAUUUUUUAUCUCUCUAAUCCUAACGAUCAUUUCGAAUUUUUUAUUCACAGGAUUAUUUUUUAUCGUUUUUAUAAAUGUAGCUGAAUUUUUAUUCCUUCUUCACGAUAUGUUUAACGAAAUCCUUUUCUCUUAUACCUAUUAUAUUACGUAUACUCUCUGAUAAUAAUUUAUUUAUGCUUUUCAUUAGCGAGUAAGGAAAUUCAGUAUAACACAAAGUUAUGAAAAGAUUUAUAAAUGCAUCAAAACAUUAAAUUAACGUUUUGAUGAACAUAUAAUAGUUAUCAAACCAAUAAGUAUAAACGUUAUAAGACAACUCGACAGAUAAUUCACGUCCAGCUUAUAACGAGAGUAUUUGCACGUUUGGUAAUACUGAAGAAAUAUUCUUUUUUCUCGUCUGUACUUUUUUUUUUUUUUUGUGUUUUUCUACAACCGCUGUUGAAUCGCGCUUAUAAUAUAAUUACCGUGCCAUUACUUUACGGUUACUUCUUACAUAAUAAUAUUUUACUGAAUAAAGAAUAUAAAUUAA